AUGACAGGGAAAGAUCUUACAACAGUGAAGGAGGUGGUGAAGGAGUCAUUGUUGGGCUUAGAGGUUGCGGAGGAUAUACAACUUUCGGCUCAAUCGAAAGCUACCUUUGAGAAGAAUUCGCGGAAGGAUGAGUCCGGGGCAGAAAAAUAUAUGAGUGAGGAGGACUUUAUAAAUGCUGUUGCGCCAAAAGACGAAGACUAUCACAAAAUCAAACGAGAACAAUUCUCAAUUCUAUUCCGUGUAGCUGAUCGAAGAAGUACUGGUAAAAUCAGUUUACAUGAUUGGGGAACAUUCGAAAACCUCCUUGCCAAACCUGAUGCCGAAUAUGAGAUCGCAUUUCGUCUUUUCGAUGUCGACCGAACCGGCACUGUCAAAUAUGAGGACUUGAAGAAGUUAUACGAAUUGAAUAAGGGACCAGAUAGUGUACCUUUCGACUGGAGUUGCGAAUGGGCUUCCUUAUACAGUGGAGGAAAGAAGCGAAGACAUGACUUGACUUAUCCACAGUUCUCGCAGAUGCUUCGAGGUCUACAAGGAGAGAGAAUACGUCAAGCUUUCCACUACUUUGAUAAAGAUGGGGAUGGAUAUAUUGAGCCAGAAGAUUUCCAACGAAUCAUUCUCGAAACUGCGAAACACAAACUCUCCGAUCAUCUCCUCGAGAAUCUUCACACCCUCUGCAAUAUUUCGACUGGUAGCAAGAUUUCAUACGCAAAUGUUCGAGCUUUCCAGAAUAUGAUCAGAGAAAUGGAUUUGGUAGAGAUGGUCAUUAGACAAGCAACUGCUGAAAGUACUGAUGGAAAGAUCACAAGAACGGAUUUUUUGAAUGAAGCGGCAAGACUUACUAGAUUUUCCCUCUUCACUCCUAUGGAAGCCGACAUCUUAUUCCACUUUGCCAGUCUUGAUAAUCCUUCCGGCAGACUCGGUCUAUCUGAUUUCUCAAAAGUCCUCGAUGCCUCAUGGCGCAACCCUAUGUAUAACGCAUAUGGAAAGGUUGGCAACGGCAAUGGUGUUAAGACUGCUGGUGGAAGUGUUCUAUAUAGCGUUCUCGAAUCUGUACAUCAUUUUGCAUUGGGAAGUUUAGCAGGAGCUUUUGGCGCAUUCGUGGUAUACCCUAUCGAUCUCGUCAAGACUCGUAUGCAAAAUCAAAGAUCUACAAGAGUUGGAGAGAUGUUAUAUAAAAACUCUUGGGAUUGUGCCAAGAAGGUUGUGCGUAAUGAAGGGUUCAAGGGGUUAUAUUCUGGUGUUCUACCACAACUUGUUGGUGUUGCUCCUGAAAAGGCUAUCAAGUUGACGGUCAAUGAUCUUGUUCGCGGUCACUUUUCUUCCAAGGAUGGUAAGAUUCUUGUGAAGCAUGAAAUUCUCUCCGGUGGUGUGGCUGGUGCUUGUCAAGUUGUCUUCACUAACCCCCUCGAAAUUGUCAAAAUUCGUCUUCAGAUUCAAGGCGAGGUCGCCAAAACUGUCGAAGGCACUCCUCGACGCUCCGCCAUGUGGAUCGUUCGCAACCUCGGUCUCGUCGGCCUUUAUAAAGGUGCAUCAGCUUGUCUUCUCCGUGAUGUUCCUUUCUCCGCCAUCUACUUUCCUACCUAUAACCAUUUAAAGCGCGACUUCUUUGGCGAAAGUCAAACGAAGAAAUUAGGUGUCUUGCAAUUAUUGACCGCGGGUGCCAUUGCGGGUAUGCCGGCCGCCUACCUAACUACUCCUUGUGAUGUCAUCAAAACUAGAUUACAAGUCGAGGCCAAAAAGGGUGAAUCUCAAUACACAUCUUUGCGCCACGCCGCAAAAACCAUUCUCAAAGAAGAAGGCUUCAAAGCUUUCUUCAAGGGUGGUCCAGCUCGUAUCCUGAGAUCUUCCCCUCAAUUCGGUUUUACGCUCGCGGCGUAUGAAGUUUUGCAGAAUGUUCUCCCCAUGCCGGGUAAAGCAAAGGAUGAAUUGCCUCAUGUGGGUGUUGGUGCUGGGGUUGGCGCACUACCGGGUCAAGAGGGUCCAUUGCAUUAUCUGAGGAGUAGGAAUGCGUUGAAGAUUAUUUUGGAUUUGGAUGAGGAGUUUGGGAGGGUUAAGGUUCCCGGGAGGGAAAAGUGGAGGGGGUUGCCUAGGGUGAUGGGUGGGGAUGGAGGGGGUGCUCAGUAG